UCACAAAGAAAUAAAAAUAGUAUGUUAUGGACUUAUAUAGCCAAAAUAGAAGUAGGAUAUGGAGGCGCAUAUAUAUGGAGAGGUCUAUGAAACAAGUGACUUCUUGAACACGCCACAACCCGAACCAGUCCGUAGCACUGACCAACGGUAGCCCAGGUCACAUUCCAUCCCACAACCAAGACCGCAGCACACAGUCGAACAAAACACACCCCAAUCGCUUCGUCCGAUGGAAUCACAGAUAACCAAAAUUAAACGCUAUUGCCCACUUUUGUGUGAAGGAUGGUAUGUAGUGUGCCGGAAACAACAGCAAUGAUAUGUAAUAUGAUUUUUUAAAAAUGUCAGAUUCUCCUGUUAUGCAGCUAUUUAAGGAAAAUGAUUUUGUUAAAGUUUGUGCUCCUAUGGUUCGUUACAGCAAAUUGGCAUUCCGGUCAUUGGUUAGGUUGUACAACUGUCAGCUGUGUUUUACACCAAUGAUUCUUGCAGAUUCUUUUAUACAAUCAUCAAAGGCACGGAAUAAUGAAUUUACUACCAAUAAAGGGGACAGGCCACUAAUAGUGCAGUUUGCAGCAAAAGAUCCCAGUGAUUUCGCUACUGCUGCUGAAAUGGUUGCCAGUUACAGUGAUGGAGUAGAUUUGAAUUGUGGUUGUCCACAACGGUGGGCUAUAAAUGAAGGCUAUGGAGUUGAUCUCCUGAGAAAACCACAUCUUAUUAGAGAUUUAGUAUUGCAAGUAAAGAAUAGGAUCCCAGGGCCAUAUACUGUGUCUGUCAAAUUGCGCAUAAUGGAGGAUUUAAGGAAGAGUAUAGAAUUAUGCAGGACUUUGGAAAAUGCUGGAGUCUCCUUCCUUACUGUUCAUGCCCGCACCCCUACACAGAGGUAUGAGCCAGUGAAUGAGGAUGCACUGCGUGAGAUAAAGAACAGUAUCAGAGUUCCACUGAUUGCCAAUGGAGAUGUGAAGAGUUUCAGUGCAGCAAAAUUGCUGCAGGAGAAAACUUAUUGUGAUGGUGUGAUGGCUGCUCGGGGCAUUCUCACAAACCCAGCCUUGUUUGCUGGGCAUUGUGUAACUCCUUUGGCUUGUAUUCAAGACUGGGUGACCAUUUCCACAGCAACAGCAACACCAUUUCAGUGUUUUCACCACCAUCUUGUAUUCAUGCUGGAAAAAGUAUUAGCAAAGCCUGAAAGACUUGCAUUUAAUAUCAUCAAAACAAAGGAACUUGUUCUGGAUUUCCUGGCAGACUAUGGAAUAGUUUGUCAAAAUGAUAUGAAAGAAUACUCUGGUUACAGUGCAGUAGAGUGUGAUUAUGGUAAUAAUAGUGAAAGCCAAGGUAGUUUUUUUAAGGAGAAGCUUGGUAGCUGUUGUGCAGAUGUACAAAUGGAAGAUUACCUAGAAGAUGUAUGUCAUUUGUACAACAUGAAAUAGUUGCAGUUUUAAGUCAUGCCCAUUGUUUUAGUACAAGUUUUGUUAUAUGAUGCUGUCUUAAUGUUUGGCAAACUAAGAUUUAAUGUGUCUUGACUCUUUGCUGGGAGGAAGGAAAGAAUUAUAUCACGUUAUAUAAAUGUUGGUUAACAUCGACCAGACCACACAGCGCAACAACCCAGAAGACGGAUAUCUUCAAUUAUAUCACCACCACCACCGCAUUUCAAUUUCCAUUUUUUGUGGUCUCAGUUUGUCUCCUGAGCACUAUUCAGCAUCUCUGGGACUUCCAGGAUAUAGCAGGAAAGCUUACAGAUUUGCAUUAUGCAUUAAUACCUUAGAAUCAGGAUAAGGAUAAUACUGAAACAACAUAAAAGGUAUUCAAAUGACUACAUAUGAAAUUGUAUGAAAUAAAAUAUUUGACAGAG